AUGGUGGUGGUGAGGAAGGUAGGGAAGUAUGAGGUGGGGAGGACGAUUGGGGAAGGGACGUUUGCGAAGGUGAAGUUCGCGCAAAAUACGGAGACGGGGGAGAGUGUCGCCAUGAAAGUCCUCGAUCGAUCCACCAUUAUUAAGCACAAGAUGGUCGACCAGAUAAAGAGGGAAAUAUCCAUUAUGAAACGUGUUAGACAUCCAUAUAUUGUCCGUUUGCAUGAGGUUAUCGCAAGCCGCACAAAGAUCUACAUCAUAUUGGAAUUCAUCACAGGUGGUGAAUUGUUUGAUAAAAUUGUUCACCAUGGCCGACUUAGUGAAUCUGAGUCGAGAAGAUACUUUCAGCAGCUUAUUGAUGGUGUUGAUUAUUGCCACAGUAAGGGAGUCUAUCACAGAGAUUUAAAGCCUGAAAAUCUAUUGCUUGAUUCCCAAGGAAAUCUUAAAAUCUCUGAUUUUGGGCUUAGUGCAUUUCCUGGAGAAGGAAUCAGCAUUCUGCGAACAACUUGCGGUACUCCCAAUUAUGUAGCACCAGAGGUUCUUAGUCAUAAAGGCUAUAAUGGUGCUUUGGCGGAUAUUUGGUCAUGUGGGGUCAUCCUUUAUGUUCUGAUGGCUGGUUAUCUCCCUUUUGAUGAGAUUGAUCUGACAACACUAUAUGGAAGGAUUGAGAGUGCAGAAUUUUCAUGUCCAUCUUGGUUCUCAGUUGGAGCGAAAUCAUUGAUCCAUAGAAUAUUAGACCCGAAUCCUGUAACACGCAUUAGGAUUGAAGAUAUCAGAAAUGAUGAGUGGUUCAGAAAGAAUUAUAAUCCCAUUAGACUUCCUGAAACUGAAGAUGUUGAUUUGGAUGAUGUUAAUGCAGCUUUUGAUGAUCCAGAGGAAGAAUUCCUUAAUCCGCAGUGUGGGAAUGAAGAUAUGGGGCCUCUCGUUCUCAAUGCAUUCGAUUUGAUUAUUCUCUCUCAGGGCUUGAAUCUUUCGGCACUGUUUGAUCGCAGGAAGGAUUCACUAAAACAUCAAACACGGUUUGUUUCACAAAGAUCAGCAAAGGUUGUCCUGUCAAGUAUGGAAGUUGUUGCACAAUCAAUGGGUUUCAAGACGCAUAUUCGUAAUUAUAAGAUGAGAGUUGAAGGCCUUUCUGCGGAUAGGACUUCACAUUUUUCUGUAAUUAUGGAGAUCUUUCAAGUUGCUCCCACUUUUAUCAUGGUUGAUAUUCAGAAAGCAGCUGGAGAUGCUGAGGAUUAUCUCAAGUUCUACAAGAACUUUUGUAGUAAUCUCGAUGAUAUUAUCUGGAAGCCACCGGACGAUAGCUGCAAAGCACGAUUCACGAAGACAAAGAGCAAGCGGAGAUAA